AUGGAUAGAAAUUGCAAGAAACAAGAUGUCCAAAAAACCCGCCUAGAUUCCAGACGACUACCAGCUGUAUUCAAGAAGGGUGACAAGGUUCUCCUGAAAUCUCAUACUCUCAGUAGCUCCAAAAGUGGAUUCUCUUCAAAGCUUGCCCCAAAAAGGGAUGGUCCUUAUAUGAUCUUGAGAAUUGCUUCUCCUACAACCUACGAGUUAGGAAGCUGUACAAAUCCUCCAGAAAGAAUUGGACGCUAUCACGUCGCGGACCUCGGCCCGUUUAUUGAAGGGACUAGAAGUGAUACAUUAACGCCCUUAAUACCAAAACGGAGGAGGGGUCGUCCUAAAAAGAAUGUUUCAGCCUAA